GGGCAGCCCAAGUCGCUGGUGGGCGGCAAGGUGGUGAUGAUCCGCAACCCCUGCUACGACUCGGGUGACAUCAGGGUGCUGAGGGCGGUGGCUCCGCCCUCCCCCGCGGCCGCCCGCCUCACGGACGUGCUGGUGCUGCCGGUGCAGGGGGACAGACCCACCGCGGAUGAGGCGUCGGGAGGCGACCUGGACGGGGACACCUUUCUGGUGAUCUGGGAUCCAGACAUCGUGAACACCGUACGGCAGAUCCCGCCGGCGCCGUACGAUGCUGCCCCCGAGAAGCAGGCGGCCGGCGUCAACAUGCGCCACCUCGUCAGCUACUUUGCCGGCUACCGUGGCUCGCUGCUGGGCCGCAUCGACUCGCUGUAUCAGCUGUGGGCCGGUAUCCACCCGGCGGGGCCCCGCUGCGCGGAGUGCCGCUCGCUGUCGCAGCUCUUCUCACGCGGGGUGGAUGCGGUGUCCACCGGGCAGGCCACCAGCGUACCGGAGCACCUGCAGCUGCCGCCGGAGCCCGAGCUGAGUCCCGAGCAGCGGCAGCGGCUGGCGGCCCGCGUGUGGCGGC